CUUGACGUUGCAGGCAGGUUGAAAACAUAAACAAACACCACCAAUCUGCACCACUCACAGUGUCUUGCUGUUAUUUUCAAUUAAAAGUACAUUUCAUACCGUAUUCAGCGUUUCCACCAUGGAGAACAUACUGGAACCGAGCAGCUCCGACGACAACAUGCCGACGGACAACAAGAAAGAUCUGCAAUCGCUUCUCUCAUCGGAGGACGACUUCUUCGACCCACCACCAUCGUCCAGUCGACGCGACUCGUCCGGCAAUGAAGAUAAACCCGACCUGCGAACAGAGUUCGAAGACAUCAUACUGCCAGAGAUGGGACACGACAAUAGCAUACUGUUGGUAAAGGAACCGAAAGACCGUGAGCGUGAAAAGCGCAAGGAAACGAAAAGCAAGCGGGAGCUGGAGGAAGAAGAACUGGAAAAGAUGCAAGUGCUUGUUUCAAACUUUACUGAAGGACAGCUGGAUCGGUACGAAAUGUAUCGCCGUGCCGCAUUCCCCAAAGCGGCCGUAAAGCGCCUCAUGCAGACGAUUACGGGAUGUUCAGUCUCGCAGAAUGUUGUGAUUGCCAUGUCCGGUAUAGCAAAGGUGUUCGUCGGGGAAGUCGUUGAAGAGGCGCUGGAUGUAAUGGAGCGGUCCGGAGAAACUGGCGCUAUUCAACCGAAGUAUUUACGAGAGGCGGUACGGCGACUGAGAAACAAAGGACACAUCCCUACCGGUCGGGGUCAUAAGCAAUUUUUCAAACUUAAUUAAUCGUGCAUUAGUGUGUAGAAUAUAUUCUGAAUUCAUAUUUUCAUAAGAA